CUAAGAAACAAAGUUGCAAAGAUCAAAGUUAACCCGAGAGGAAAUUUAUGGGCAACAGGUCAUUUUAUGGGGAAGAAAAGUGUUGUGGACAGCGAACAGUUGCCGACCGAGGAUGACUCCACGAUGAAAGCCAUGGAGGCUGCAGUGAAUCUCCAGCAGGUCGAGCCCGCGGACCUCUACCAGGAGAUGCUGAGGAUCGCGCUACAAACACACCUCGACUCUCAGGAGAUCCGCCCUAAAGUUCCGGAGACUGCAAUAUUAAUGAAGAUAUUAGACAGCUACAUCCAAGACAACAAAAAAUGAUGACUGCCAUCGGCUGAGAUCUUCGAAUUGUUUAAUUCACAUGGAAUUUGUAAUUGCUCUUUCAUCAGCUGUAAUUUGUUUCUU